GUCACUCACCAUGAGCCUGACUGGUAGAGACUUUAGCAAUGGGGAAAUACCGCAGACUGUUCCGUCAGGACAAUGCUGGGCCUGCAGUCCCCAGGGGGCACCCACUUGCUUAGCCAAACCCCAGACGUUUCAUUUAAAAGCAGAAGUGAAAGGAAGACCAGGUUCCUGAAAGGGUUAUUCUGACUUAGUCUGGCUAUAAAAAUGCUAUUGGCUGUUAUUUGGCGUGGCCAAAGUGCACCCAGAAUGUCUUCUCUCUCCAUUCAGUGCACGCGUUACUUUGGCUAAAAGAAGGUGAGCGGCACUCUGCCCUUCCACAGCAAGCAUGGAGCAACAGGAUCAGAGCAUGAAGGAAGAAGGGGUUUAUCUUCCAACGUGGUCCCCAUGUACUUAGGGGAGCUGGCCCCUAAAAACCUGCGGGGGGCUCUCGGGGUGGUGCCCCAGCUCUUCAUCACUGUUGGCAUCCUUGUGGCCCAGAUCUUUGGUCUUCGGAAUCUCCUUGCAAACGUAGAUGGCUGGCCAAUCCUGCUGGGGCUGACCGGGGUCCCCGCGGCGUUGCAGCUCCUUCUGCUGCCCUUCUUCCCCGAGAGCCCCAGGUACCUGCUGAUUCAGAAGAAAGACGAAGAGGCCGCCAAGAAAGCCCUACAGACGCUGCGCGGCUGGGACUCCGUGGACAGGGAGGUGGCGGAGAUCCGGCAGGAGGACGAGGCAGAGAAGGCCGCGGGCUUCAUCUCGGUGCUGAAGCUGUUCCGGAUGCGCUCGCUGCGCUGGCAGCUGCUGUCCGUCAUCGUCCUCAUGGCCGGCCAGCAGCUGUCGGGCGUCAACGCUAUCUACUACUACGCGGACCAGAUCUACCUGAGCGCCGGCGUGCAGGAGGACCACGUGCAGUACGUGACGGCCGGCACCGGGGCCGUGAACGUGGUCAUGACCAUCUGCGCCGUGUUCGUGGUGGAGCUCCUGGGUCGGAGGCUGCUGCUGCUACUGGGCUUCUCCAUCUGCCUCACAGCCUGCUGCGUGCUCACUGCAGCCCUGGCACUACAGGACACGGUGUCCUGGAUGCCAUACGUCAGCAUCGUCUGUGUUAUCGCCUACGUCAUAGGACACGCCCUUGGGCCCAGUCCCAUACCCGCGCUGCUCAUCACUGAGAUCUUCCUGCAGUCCUCUCGGCCAUCCGCCUUCAUGGUGGGGGGCAGCGUGCACUGGCUCUCCAACUUCACCGUGGGCUUGAUCUUCCCAUUCAUUCAGGAGGGCCUUGGCCCGUACAGCUUCAUUGUCUUCGCUGUGAUCUGCCUCCUCACCACCAUCUACAUCUUCUUGAUUGUCCCUGAGACCAAGGCCAAGACGUUCAUAGAGAUCAACCAGAUUUUCACCAAGAUGAAUAAGGUGUCUGAAGUACACCCGGAAAAGGAGGAACUGAAAGAGCUUCCACCUGUCACUUCGGAACAGUGACUCCGGAGAGGAAGCCAGUGGAGCGGGUCUGCCAGGGGCUUCCCCCUUUGGCUUAUUUUUCUGACUUCUAGCUGUCUGUGAAUAUCCAGAAAUAAAAUGACUCUGAUGUGGAAUGCAGUCCUCAUCUCCAGCCUCCCACCCCAGUGGGAACUGUGCAAAGCUGGGCUGUCUCUCUCCAGGUUGGCCUGUCACCAGCCCCGAGUCAAGCAAACAGCUGGUUCUCCACUUUACUGUGUCAACCUUUGUGUGGCUCCUGGUAACAUGGCUCCACCUUGCUGGGUCAGCCUUUGUGUGGCUCCUGGUAACAUAACAAAAGCAGUUACUAUAGUGGCGAGAUGGAAGGAAUCAAAUUUUGCCAGAGAAACUAACUCAGUGGCCCCGACAGGUCUUCCGGGGCCAUGGGCAUUUGUUUAGAGCCAAAUUCAUCCUCUUACCAGAUCCUUUUCCAGAAAUACCUGUCUAGGAAGGUGUAAUGCAGAAACAAUGACAUCCAGAAAGCUGAGGAAGAGGUUCCUGUGGAGACACUGAGUCAGAAUUCUUCAUCCUAAAUUAUAUUGUUAGUGGAAAAUGGAAUUGCUUCUGUGUAGUCAAUAAAAUGAAUCUGAUCACUUUUCAACAAGAUGUGCUGUUGUUCUGUGAGCAAGUGGAAGGCAGGAGGAAGUUCCCUGUUACUUCAGGCAGGUUUUUUUUUCUGUUCUUGCUUUUUUUUUUUUUUUUUUUGAGACAGAGUCUUGCUCUGUCACCCAGACUGGAGUGCAGUGGUGCAAUCUUGGCUCACUGCAAGCUCCACCUCCUGGGUUCACACCAUUCUCCUGCCUCAGCCUCCUGAGUAGCUGGGACUACAGGCGCCUGCCACCACGCCUGGCUAAUUUUAGUAUUAUUAGUAGAGACUGGAUUUCACCAUGUUGGCCAGGAUGGUCUCAUGAUCCACCCACCUUAGCCUCCCAAAGUGCUGGGAUUACCGGCGUGAGCCACUACGCCCAGCUACUUCAGGCAGUUUGACUGCACGAGUGUCAGUUCCUUGAGGUCAGGGGCUUGGUCGGUUUUGUUUAUGCCUGCAUCCCCAGCAUCUAGAAGAGGGCCUCUGGAGACUGAGGUGGGAGGAUUGCUUAACCCUGGGAGGUAGAGGUUGCAGUGAGCUGAAAUUGCACCCUAUACUCCAGCCUGGGCAACACAGUAAGAUCCCAUCUCAAAAUUUUAUUUUAGUUAACUGGGCAUGGUGACACGCCUUUGUGGUCCCAGCUAUUUGGGAGGCUGAAAUGGGAGGAUCACUUGAGCCUGGGAGGUCAAGGCUGCCCUGAGUCAUGAUCACAUCACUGCACUCCAGCCUGCAUGACAGAAUGAGAACUUGUCUCAAAUAAAUAAAUAAAUGUAAGAUUGAGGAAGCUUCCAAAUGUCCUCAGGUAUGUAGUGAAAUCUUGAAGUGUCUUAAAAUCUUGAGACUGUGGUGGGGGAGGAAGGGAGGAGUGGGGUCUUGAUAUGGUUUGGCUGUGUCCCCACCCAAAUCUCAUCUUGAACUGUAGCUCCCAUAAUUCCCAUGUGUUCUGGGAGGGACCCUGUGGGAGAUAAUUGAAUCAUGGGGGCAGUUUCCCCCAUACUGUUCUCAUGGUAGUGGAUCAGCCUCAUGAGAUCUGAUGGUUCUAUAAAGGGAAACACCUUUUGCUUGGUUCUCAUUCUCUCUUGCCUGCUACCAUGUAAGACAUGCCUUUUGCUUUCUGGCAUGAUUGUGAGGCCUCCCCAGCCAUGUGGAAUGGUGAGUCUAUUAAAUCUCUUUUUCUUUACAAUUUACCCAGUCUCUGAUAUAUCUUUAUCAGCAGCAUGAAAAUGGACUAACACAGGUCUCUCCACAAAAAUAUAGAGAGCUGGAGGCGUUUCUUAGAAAUAUGAAUAAAGGGUAUGAGUGUGAGUGUGUGUACGUGCAAAAAUAUGGAUAAAACCUUGAAAGGAAAGUGCUGAAUGGCCUGUGGCAAGAAGUGAUGUCUUCUCCUUGUAGUUGGGUGGCACAGGGUGGUGGCCAGGAGAGACAUCAGUGGGACUUGGGAGCACCUUUUGUGGGUAUGGAAUGGAGAUUCCACCAGCAACAAGCUAAACCACUCACAAGCAGGCCCAGAGGAAGUAAAUAGAACACUGUGGUUGAACCAUCCUUGGCCUUCUGCGGCAAGGAUCUGCAGGCUGGAAGAGGCACAGAAACAAUCAAAGAUGAAGGCUCUCAGAACUGAGGAGAGGCCAGGUUAGAAUAUCAGAAGUCAAGAAACUGCAGCACCUCUAACACAGGGGAGGCUAUGAAGUUCAUGGUUCUGGAUGUCUGCUCCCUGGGUUCAAACCUUGGUUCUGCCACAUUAAUUGUGCAACUUGGUAAAGUUACUUAUCUUUUCUGUAUCUCAGUUUUCUCUUCUGUUAAAUGGCACUAAUAAUAAAUGUCUCACAUGUCCAUUGUGAGAAUUAAAUGA